AUGCCUGGGGUUCUAAAGUGUAAAAGGACCAAUUUAUCACAAUUACUUUUUGGCUUAGCUCGAGAUGAACAAACAAAUUAUACAUUUCGUGAUUUACAAUUAGGUCAACCAGCAAGACGAUUUCGUGAAGCAGGAUUCAAUAAAUUCCCAGAUAGUAAUAGAUCGAUUGAUUUCUUUGCUGUUUUUCGACUCCUUGUCCAUGAUAUGCUCAAAUCAGGUGCUAUUGAUAUUGUUUAUAUGAUGUACAAAGAUCCUGGUUUUUGCUGUGCUAAACAAAAAUUUCUGGGUUUAUUAACAAAUGUUACAACAAUAAAUGAAGUUGGAUAUUUUAUUCUUGAUCGUUAUACACAAUUUCUUAUUAGACUUAUUCAAGGUAUUCGUGAUGGACAUUUAAUUGAAGAAAAAAUUCCAUCAUUAUCUGUUCUUAUACGUUUAUGUAAAGUUAUUGUCGAAAAAAUCUUCUUAAUUAUUAUCAACAUUUAA